GCUAUUCCAUUUUUGAAAAAAAUCGGUUAGAGGAGAUGAGCGCCUCAGGAUUUGCUCUGGGCUCUUUCUCUUUUUCCUCACUGAAGCUUAACAAACCCAUCAAGACAACAGAAGCAACAACCACAACGAUCUCAGUUGUUAACAAAAACAACCAUGAGAGACUUCCUCCUCAGUUAUUACUGCAAGAGAAGGAAAGGUUAGGAGUGUUGGGAAGGAGAGAAGCAAUUGGGUUUAGCUUUUGUUUGGGAAUCAUUAAUAGUUUAGUACAGGAAUCUACAGCUGCAGAGGCACAAUGUGAACUUACUGCCACUCCUUCCGGCCUCGCCUACUGCGAUCGAGUCAUUGGGACAGGUACUGAGGCUUCCAAAGGUCAGCUUAUUAAGGCACAUUACUUAGGGAAGCUGGAUAAUGGAAAAGUGUUUGAUAGCAGCUACAACCGUGGAAAGCCUCUCACAUUUCGCAUUGGUGUUGGUGAGGUCAUUAAAGGUUGGGACCAGGGGAUUCUAGGUGGUGACGGAAUCCCACCCAUGCUUGCAGGAGGGAAACGUACCCUGAAGAUUCCUCCAGAGCUUGGAUAUGGCAUGAGAGGGGCAGGAUGCAAAGGAGGUUCCUGUAUCAUUCCUCCAGACUCAGUUCUUCUGUUUGAUGUGGAGUUCAUAGGCAAGGCAUAAGGAAACAUAAUAAUCAGUUUUUUUUUUUGUUAAUCCCACUUUUUUGUGUUGGUUGGGGAGGGGGGGGGGGUUGCUCCCAUGAUUGUACACAGAACAUGCAAUCAGGCAGGGAAGCAGGUGGAGAGUACAAAUGGAACCCUAAAAGUUAAUUGUCUAUAUGUAGAAGAUGGAAAUUUCCUCCCAACCAUACACAAAGCAGGCACAAGAAGAAUUAAACAUUUUGGUGAACAUGAAAGA